UAAGUCCAAACCUCACGUUCGAAUUUCACCUCGAUGUUGUUUACUCGUGUGAGUGCAGCCGCGUGCACUCUUUUUGGUUAAUAUUGUCGGAUUUAUUGGCUGAAAAUAGACAAGACUUCCGAUUAUUUCAGCCAACUCGGUCACGAGACGGGGCUUAUCCAGACGCGGGGACGCUUGGAUUUUGUGAAAAAAAAAUACGUGAGGUAAAGUGUUUAAAGUUGAGAGUUUGUGCGCUAAUUGCAAGGUGGUGAAGUGAGCGAAGUGAGCUAAAUCCAGGUUUUGGCCUAGUUCUAUUUUCAGAAUUGGCAGCAGUCAAGGCUCCCUGGAGCUGGCCCUGGUUUAAUACCGUCUUUUGGAGGAAUAAGACCGCCGCCACCGCCCCCAGUCGGACACAUUCCUAGCGUUAGACUCAAAACAGAGAUACUAAACUUGAGAAUGGACCCUCCACCGUGCGUCCAAAACGCGAUGAUGAAACAAGACAAAAAGCCCUUCACGUACACCCCUGGCGGCAUUGACCUAUCCGAAAUAAAAUCACCCCGAAUGGCCCGAAGAAUAGAACGUAAUGCCAACUACACCGGUGCUCCUGAACCUUCACGACCACUCCCACAACAACCCGUUGGUCCUUUGCCACCUUCAGCUCUCGCAGCAAUGCAACCCCAAAUGCACGUCCAGGUAUUCCCGACUGGUCCUCCACCUCCUCCUGGACCCAAAUUCGGUCCUCCUCCACCACCUCCACCACCCGCUAAUAUCCCAAGACCACCUCCACCCCCACUUGAACCCCUCCCUACACAGAAAGUGAUCACUUCGGAAAAUCAAGUUUUGGAAAGGCCGGACAUGACGAAAAUUAUUCCGGAUAAUCCGAUGGCGUUGUUGAGAAAAACUGGAGGUCCUCAAACUAGGAGUACUUUUCUUGAUGAGAUUUAUGGGAAAGAGGGGGUGAAGAGUCCACCGAUGAAGCAACAACAGCAAUGGUCGCCUCCUGUACCACAACAACAACAACAACAAAGAUGGCCCCAAGGACCAGCUCAACAGCAGCAAGUACCACUUCAACAGCAGCAAAGGUCGCCUCCAAUUCAAGAACCUCCACGGUACCAACCGAAAAUAAUCGAAAGGAAUCAACCAUCUCCGGUUCAGUCUCCCCAAGCUCAACAAGAACCUCCCAAAUAUCAACCCAAGAUAAUCGAGAGGAACCAAAGUCAAGAUGAAGCAGCGGUCAAGACAAGUACCGCCCAUUUGGGCUCACUUUACAUCCCUCCUGCCAAUCAACAACAGCAAAAAACCGUAUCAAGUCCUCCUCCUGCUCCCAAAAGAGACUCUCCUCAAGUACAAUCACCCUCAACCCCAACUUUGAAAGAAGCACCAAAACCGUGGCAAAAACAACCGAAACAAACGGAGGAAUUGCCUCCGUGGGCUAAAAAAGAACCGAUUCAACCUCUACAAAACAAUCAACCAAAUGUUGUUCACGUAGCUCAACCUCCUCAAAGAUUUCCUAACCAACAAAACGAUCAACAACCAAAUGCUGUUUACGUCACUCAACCUUUAGUGUUUCAACAUCCAGGGCCACGAGUUGAUGGCCAGGGAGCCAUUAUCAUACCUGUACAGAUCGAAAGGAAAGUACCAACGAAACCUGCAACUCCAGUUACUCCCGGAAACGAAAGGAAUUUGAAUCGUCAACAAAGCUGGACUCCGCCUCAAAGCAACGCUUUCAAAGUUAUACAGAAGAUAACUCAAACUGAUGAUAACGACGAAACUGACAAUGGGCCGGUUGUUGAACAUGGACCUCGAUAUCCACAACAGUUUCAACAAAAUGAGCAAAUGAGGAAGUUGAAGUUGUCGGAAGGUGACAGAGAGUUGAUGAAUAGAUUCAAACAAGGUGUAGACGAUGAUACUUCCCUUCAUAACGAAGUAGACCCGAGAUAUCGUGGUCCAGCAAUCCCAUCAAAAGCUUUCAAACUGCUCCAAUCAAUGACUGAUGGAUCUCCUGAUACUCCUAGUGGUGCCCCUGUUUCUCGUGGUCCACCUACCGGAAACAGGUCUCCUCAAGUCAGAACCAUCCCAAUCCAGAUUGAAAGAGACGAUCAGCCCAAAAACUACGUCCACCCUAGCGAACAAACCGUUCCUGAACCCAAAAAGUACACCGGAAGUGCGAUACCAAGCAGGUCUUUUAAGAUCUUACAGGCCAUGACUGCGCCCGACAGUUGUGCCAAUGCCAAUGAAGUUAACGAACACUACGACCCCUCCUCGUAUAACCAAUGGGGUUACGAUCCUAAUUACCCACCCCCUGUCCCUCCUUACUGGCCCGAUUAUUACUAUAACUAUUAUUACCAAAAUUCCAAAGAAAACGAAAGUGAUAGAGACAUUCGCCAAACUCCCGUGUCUUUUUGGGGGUACUACCCUCCCCCAUCGCCAUACCCCUUCAUGCAACGAUCUCCUAAAACGCCUGAUGUUGAAUCAGAUUCAGAAACUGCCAGAAACACACCACUGCCAUUUUGGGGGUACUACCCUGCGUAUUACCCUCCAAGUACCCCAAGCCGGGAGGUGGAAGAAUACUAUAACUCCCAAGAAGGGAAAGACAAUGAGCAAAAUUACGGACCGGUACCUUAUCAGUACCCGCCCUAUUGGGACCCCUAUUACUAUUACUACGGGUACCCCCCUAUGUACUCGCCGUACCCCUAUUACGAGCAAAGUGAAAAUGAAGAAGUUGCUGGUUAUUCUUCCACAGACGAAAUGGCAUACUUUAGCAAAAAAAUUAAAAAUGAGAGAGAAGAAACUGAACGUGAAGAAUCUAAAACUCCUCAAAUUCUUGUAACCCCGACUUUGCCACAACAAAAGAAUGAAGAAACCGAAUCAGAUUCUUCUGAUUCUGAAUCCGAAACCGAAGUUGAAACAGAAGAAGAGAGAUUUCAGCCGAAUCGAAGUCACCCAAAUGGUCUACAAGCCAUACGAUCGGUUAAAGACAUUAAAAUUUACGAUGAUCAAAAUUCGGAUGAAGAACAGAAAUCAGAAGAUGAAGACAAUGACGAUUCAGUUUCUUACAUCGUUGACGAUGACACAAUUCCGCAUCAACUGAGUGUCAUCUAUGAAGAAAGCGAAAGGAGUGAUUCGAAACGUGAAUCAAGCGUACUAAGUGAUUCUACAACAAUCGCAGAUAAAAGCGAUGAAGAAGUAGAAGAAGAAGAAAAUUCAGUCGCGGUCAGUGUUAAAUUGCCUUUGAAAUUUAAAGUGGAGGUGACGGAAAACGAGGAAGUGACAACAGUGACUGUCGGCGAAAGUGAAAUCAACGUCGAACAAAACGAAGAAAAUGAAGAAAGCGACACUUUUGCCGUUUUCACUGUAAAAACACCUCCAGUUGCAAAAGAAACUGGAGAAGAAACCCAAUCUGUGAUUUGUGCUAGUGAUGAAAAUGCUAUUCCAAAUGAAGAAAACAAGGAAGAAGAAGAGGAGCAAGAUUGGUGGGGGAUUUUAGGAAAAGAAGAUGAUUUCUUGCCGGUCAGAACUAAGAAAUAUGAACCUGAAGUAGUUCAAGAAUCCGAACCUGAAAUGGUUCAAGGACCAGAACUUGAAGUGGUUCAAGAACCCGAACCUGAAGUGAAGAAAAAGGAAGAUGAUGCAAGUUCUACUAGCUCUAGAGAUAGCAGCUCAAGUGAGAGCUUAUCAAAUUCCAAGAAAGAAGCCAUCGAAGAAGAUUCUUCUUCCGAAUCAGAAGAAGAAAGUGAGGAAAGUGAGUCCGAUGAGGAAAAGGCAAACGAUGUUAACAAUAACGCCAAUGAGAAAGUGGAACCUGAACCAUUAUCGAUCAAAGAACGGAUUCAAGCCCUUAAAGAAAGUAUUAACAACAAACGCGAGAAACUGAAAGAAGAAAGUGAAAUUAAAAUGUCUGUAAAAGACAAAGUUUCAGCGAUCGAAACUGGAACUUUGCAUAAUAGCAAAACAACCUCGACCAAAAGCAGUGUUAAAUCAUUUGAAGAGUUUAGUGAAGAAGAAGGUGAUUCUGGGGUGACUUCAGAUAUGAGUCGUCAUAUUUCAGAUAAUGAAGAAUUUCCCGAAUUGAAGAAAAUGAGUCGGUAUCAACGUGCAGCAACACACUCUAGAUUAUUCAAACUGUUACAAGAAGUAUGUGAGGGAGAAGAAGACGAUGAAGAAGGUGAAAAAGAAAAAAAGGAAGCUAGAAAAGAAGAAAUUGUUAUGAGACGCGACCAGUUAAGUCUGCCACUUAAAACCAGCGACGAAAGUUUUUCUUCAAGUGGACUAACAUCACCUGGAUCUCCAGUCAGUGAUAGACUAGUCACCGAAUUGAUUCAAAGUAUUCUAAAAAAGAAGAAAGGUCAAAUUUUUCGAAAUGUGCCAAAAGAGAAGCUUCAAGCAGCCGCCAAAAGAAUCCUUCAAGAAGAAUUCGACGAUUUGUCAACUCCUGAUAGUAGUUUCUUAUCGCCUUUGAGAAAUAGUACCGAAAGCUCGACUCCUGCCCAAACACCACAAGAAUUUUACAACGACUAUAAACAAUAUUACGACAGUUGGAGCGACGCUGAACGUUUAUACGACGAAAAUUACGACAUUUUGCCAUCUAAGGCUUUCAAAUUAUUGCAAGAACAUUCCGGUUCGAAUAAAACUGGAGCAAUAGCAGGGCUGUUGGCGAAAUGUCCCAAAAUUUUAAGCAAUAAGAAUGUUCAUCAAGAAUUGAUGAAACUCAUAGAGGAAUCCCCAAAAUCCCCAUCCCCUGAUAAAUCCCUUGAACCCAGCGAGGUCACGAGUGCUUCUUGAUCGAAACGAGGAGGCGGAUUUAUCGAAAUUGUUUUAAACCGGACCCGGUUUUGCGAUGAGGUCCCGAUCAAUCAGAUUUGUAAAAAUCGGACACGGAUUUAGAUCUUCUCAUCACAACAUCGUUAUUUUUUUGAAAAAGUUUGCUGUUUUGCUUGUUGCAGACGCAUUUUAAUUUGACAAACUCUUUUAUAUGAAAGUAAGAUUUUUGAUUGUAUUAAUUGUAAAUACCCCAAUCGAUUCUUUGUAGAAUUAAUCAAAUCUUGCAAGGAUUGUUUGUUUUAUUUCAAGCUACUUAGUUAAAAUUUUUGGUAAAUUGCUGCAGGUAUCAUCGUCAGGUGCUUGACCUUGACUCCUCGCAGCAAUUUGGAACAGAUACUACGCACUUUUCUUGCUGUUACUGUAUAUAAAGUGCCUCUACGUUAUUGUAUACUUACCUGUGUAACAUAUUUUUAAAUAAACAUAUUUAAUUAA